UAGACUGUGGUCAGAUCCAGAGUAACGAAUUUAGAUUCAUUUUAGCUUCUGUGCAGCUUGGAAACACUUGGUGCAAACUUAGAUCGCAACUUGCUCUUUCACUUCUUUUUCCUUAGUCAGUAAAUCUAGACCGACAGAAACUAUCUCAAAAUGUGUGACGACGAAGAAGUAGCUGCCUUGGUUGUGGACAAUGGAUCCGGAAUGUGCAAGGCCGGUUUCGCCGGAGACGACGCACCCCGAGCUGUGUUCCCGUCCAUCGUCGGACGACCCAGACAUCAGGGUGUGAUGGUGGGUAUGGGUCAGAAAGACUCGUACGUAGGAGACGAGGCCCAGAGCAAGAGAGGAAUCCUCUCCCUCAAGUACCCCAUCGAGCACGGAAUCGUGACCAACUGGGACGACAUGGAGAAAAUCUGGCAUCACACCUUCUACAACGAACUCCGAGUGGCCCCCGAGGAACACCCGGUACUGUUGACUGAAGCACCUCUGAACCCUAAGGCCAACAGGGAAAAGAUGACUCAGAUCAUGUUCGAGACAUUCAACUCGCCAGCCAUGUAUGUCGCCAUCCAGGCUGUGCUCUCCCUGUACGCCUCUGGACGAACCACCGGAUGUGUGCUCGACUCUGGAGAUGGUGUGACUCACACCGUACCCAUCUACGAGGGAUACGCACUCCCCCACGCCAUCAUCCGAUUGGACUUGGCUGGACGAGAUCUGACUGACUACUUGAUGAAGAUCCUGACAGAGAGAGGAUACUCUUUCACCACCACUGCCGAGCGAGAAAUCGUGCGAGACAUCAAGGAGAAGCUGUGCUAUGUGGCCCUGGACUUCGAACAGGAAAUGGCCACCGCAUCCGCCACCUCAUCCCUCGAGAAGUCUUACGAACUUCCCGAUGGACAGGUCAUCACUAUCGGUAACGAGCGAUUCCGAUGCCCUGAGACCAUGUUCCAGCCCGCCUUCAUCGGAAUGGAAGCUAAUGGCAUCCACGAGACCACCUACAACACAAUCAUGAAGUGUGACGUCGAUAUCCGAAAGGACCUCUACGCCAACACCGUGUUGUCCGGAGGUACCACCAUGUACCCUGGUAUCGCCGACAGAAUGCAGAAGGAAAUCACCGCCCUCGCACCCUCGGCCAUGAAGAUCAAGAUCAUCGCUCCUCCCGAGAGGAAGUACUCUGUCUGGAUCGGAGGAUCCAUCCUGGCUUCUCUCUCUACCUUCCAGCAGAUGUGGAUCUCCAAGCAAGAGUACGACGAGUCUGGACCCGCGAUUGUGCACCGAAAGUGCUUCUAAGUGCACGGAGUGCAAGACGGAAUGGUGUGGAAACUUUCGCACGGGAAAGAGAAAACUGAAUCUGAUUCCGAGAAAAAAAAACUAACUCAAAAGCUGCUUUUAUCUAUAAACUUUAAAGCAUGCCUACUUAAUUAUUAUUAUGGUUAUUUGGAAAAGGGAUAUUGUUAUUUAUUAAAUAAAAAUAAUUAAUUGC